AUGAACGCCGCGUCCAUCGCACGUGCGAUCGCCCCCACGUCCGCGACGACGUCCGUGAGACCACGACGCGUCGUCGCCGCGCGCGCGCGUCCGCAAUCGAACGAAAACGACGAGGAGAAGGCGACACUCAUGAAUCUCGUGACGUCAACCGCGAUCUCUUUAUCCAUCGCCCUGUGCGCGCCGAGCGCGUCGAUGGCGAAGACGACGGUGUUCGCGGGGAACUACUACGAUCCGAACCACCCCGGAUGUCCGCGAUCGAUCGAUGCGAAAGGGGUCGUGCGAGGAUUGGACCCGGUGCCGUUCAAGCGAGGAAAAGGCUGCAGAGGCGUGAAGAAGGACAACGUCGAGAAAACAGAGGCAAAGUUCAAGCCGUGGAAGGUGCCGGGGAAGAUAAACCGAACCGACGACGAGAUCGUGAUCGAUUUCAACGCCAAGGAUGGGUCGGGGGAGAAGCUCGCGGGCAAGUGGGACGCGAACGGCAUCAAGUUUCCGGACGGAACCAAAUGGAAAAAAUUGUCCGACGCCGACGCGUGGACGCCGCGAUGA